CACCCCGCGAAGCGACCAUGGCCAUCCCUCCCCUCGCCGUCAGCGGGGUCGCCGUCGCCACCCUCGCCGUCCUCGGCCUCGCCGUCUUCGCCUGCCGGCGGUGGCGGCGGGGCGCGUCCCCCGCGCCCCCACCUCCCGCUUCCUCCCAGGAUGAUGAUAUUAACAUGCCUCUCAUAUCUGACAAUUUGGAUGACUAUUCAGUCUCGAGCAAUAGUAGUACUGUCGAUGAAUCAGGAAUUCGGAUUGAUAGGAUUAUCACUUCACCUAAGACUCAUGGCAUUGUUGGAAAAGGGGCAACCUAUCCCACUGAAUCUCAUGUUAUUGAAGGAGAAACUCAUGUAAUUGAUGUUACAAACAGUAAAACGGAAGAGCUCUAUUUGGGAAAUACGCUUAAGCGUCCAGCUGUGGCAAAUGGGCCAACACCUGAUGUGAAGCACAUAAGAAGGGAUUCUGGAGAGAGUAAUCACAAUGGCACCAUUCCUGACAUUAUAGUUGGAAGCAACCUAGCUUUGGAGGUCAUAGCUGGCCCAUCUCAUGGAAUAAACCACUAUAUGCAGUCAGGUAACAAGUCCAUGCUACCCGUGACUCUUGGAAGGGUUCCUCCAAGUCAUUUGGUGUUAAAGGACUCAGAGGUGUCAGGAAAGCAUGCACAGAUUGACUGGAAUGCAAAUAAACUCAAAUGGGAAAUUGUGGAUAUGGGUAGUCUAAAUGGAACAUUUUUGAAUUCCCGGUCAGUUAAUCAUCCUGAUGUUGGAUCUAGGCGUUGGGGUGAGCCUGCUGAACUUGCAGAUGGUGAUAUUAUAACACUUGGGAGUUCAUCAAAAGUAUCUGUCCAAAUUGAGCUACAAAACCAACAACCUGUAGGAGUUGGUAUAGCAUCUGAUCCAAUGACAGCCCGUCGAACUGGGAAGAAACUUCACAUGGAGGAUGUCAGCUGCUGCCAGUAUCCUCUUAUCGGUGUGGAAAAGUUUGGGCUAUUUGGCAUAUUCGAUGGCCAUGGAGGGGAUGGUGCUGCAAUAGCUGCCAGCAGGAUUCUUCCACAGAACAUUGCAAACAUUUUGUCUCAACAGGAAACAAAAGAAAGAGUUCUUUCAUGCCAUAGUGCUUCAGAUGUUCUUAGACAUGCCUUUGCAUUGACUGAAGCUGCACUCCAUCAUCAGUAUGAGGGCUGCACAGCAACUAUCCUUCUGAUUUGGUUCGACCAGAACGAAGAUUGCUUCGCCCAAUGUGCUAAUCUUGGUGACUCAGCUUGUAUUAUGAGUGUCAACGGGGAAAUAAUUACAAUGACCGAGGAUCAUCGAGUAGUCAGUACAACAGAACGAGCCCGGAUGGCAAAUUCAGGACAACCCCUGAAAGACGGUGAAAGCCGUAUAUGUGGACUAAAUCUUGGCAGGAUGCUUGGGGACAAGUUUUUAAAGGAACAAGAUUCACGGUUCAGCUCUGAACCAUAUGUGAGCCAGGCAGUUCGCAUGACAAAAGCAUGCUUAGCCUCUGCCCUUAUUGCUAGCGACGGGCUAUGGGAUGUUAUUAGCGCUAACAGGGCAGCGCAGCUUGUCCUUGAGGGUAAGCAGAAGUACAGCGAGCAGAAAACUUCAGCAGAUAAAGUAGCACAUCAUGUGUUAAGUGAAGCUAGGAAAUUGCGAACCAAGGACAACACAUCAGUAAUAUUUGUAGACCUGGACACUCUGAGAAGUGAUCCCUGAUCCUGAAUCCCCAAUUGCUUUUGUCAGGUCCGGAGAUCGUCCUACCUGCUGCUCGAACAGUUGAACAACACUAUUUCUUUUGUUUCACUGGUAGUUAAUAUCCUUUGUCAAAGUUGAGCCAGGUGCUCCGGUGUUGCAGAGGAUGAAUGCUACAGUUCUCCUUGUAUGCAAAUACCCAGGGAGCCCCUUGUGCGGUUAUGCCUGUAAAUUGUGAGUGAAUUGGUUAAAAGAAAUGUUUAUGAACUUUAAAUUCUGGAGUUCCAUCACAUGGUUGGUCAGGAAAA